AGCCUGAGAACGCCAUUGCAAAAACCGUUGCAUAGCGCAGCGUCGUAUUUACCGUAUGCGGGACAUGGGACAUGAUUCCAUACAGCGAGCGUUGUAAGUACGUGGCAGGUAUUUUAGCCUUACUAGGUCACUAGACGGCUCUUUAUACCUCAAGCACAGUCUCUAGCCCAGCCUUCACUUGUGGUCCAGACUUAUCAAGCCAUUGUUUCCUUCUGAUUGUUGGCAGUUAGUGGACGUACCCAGUGCUACCCCUCAUCUACUGAUCUGAUAUAUCUACCUCGCCGCGUCUUUUCCUACGACGACAACAUAUCCGCCGUAAGCAACGAGCUAGUAAGGAGAGAAAUUCCUCCAAUCGUCCUACAAGGGAUCCGAUUACAGAGCACGAAGUAAGAAAAAAAAGGAAAAAGAAAUAAAUAAAUCUAGCAACAUGCCCGCUAUCGACGAUCUCAAGAACCGCACGACGCCCGUCUUCUCUGCCGAUGACGUGACCGUGCUGUUCGUGCUCGGUGGACCGGGCGCGGGCAAGGGUACGCAAUGCGAACGGCUGGUCGCCUCCUACGGCUUCACCCACCUAUCGGCUGGCGACCUCCUGCGCGCCGAGCAAAACCGCGCGGGAAGCGAGUACGGCGAGUUGAUCAAGGACUACAUUAAAAACGGGUUGAUUGUGCCUAUGGAGGUGACCAUCGUGCUGCUAGAGAACGCCAUGCGCGACGCCAUGAACGCCGCGGCCGAGAACAAAGACACCACCAUUACCAACGACACAUCCGCCAUCGCCACCCCGGCCACGAAGAAUGCUCCGUUAAAGGGCAAGUUCCUCAUCGACGGGUUCCCUCGCAAGUUCGACCAGGCCGUCAAGUUCGAGGAGGCUGUGUGUCCCGCCAAGUUUGUCCUCUUCUACGAUUGUCCUGAGGAGGAGAUGGAGCGCCGCCUGCUCGAGCGCGGCAAGACGAGCGGCCGCGAGGACGACAACGCCGAGAGCAUCCGCAAGCGCUUCCGCACCUUCAUUGAGACGAGCAUGCCCGUCGUCGACUACUACGAGAAGCAAAACCGCGUCGUCCGCAUCCGCGCCAACGUUCCGCCCGACGAUGUCUUCCGUGCCACGCAGGCCGAGCUCGUCAAGCGCUUAGGUGACAACUUUUAGAUGAAGGAGCUGGUUGGCGGGAAUA